CCCCGCUGCGCGGGGAGCCUUCACCUAGCGGAUUUGAGAGGUAGCGACGGGAGCGGAUGAACCCAAGCUCAGAAGUUUACUGCUCUCUGCUUUAUCUUGUGGCCUGUGUUGUUUCCUGCAGUGAAUCUUUCUUCGUACUGAGUUAAUAAACACUGAGAUGGAACCUGAGAGGAAUGUGAUAGAGUGCAUGGGGACAUGGGAGGCGAGGGCAGCCGAACUCUUCACAGUCUGUGAUCGUGAGUGUAAGGGAUUCAUCACCAAACGUGAUCUUCAGUAUCUGUGGGGAGAGCUUCCUUUGGAUCCAGAUGAACUCGAAUCUGUGUUCGAUUCCUUAGACAGAGAUCAAAAUGGCUUCCUAAGUUUGCAAGAGUUUACGAAUGGGUUUGGUUCUCACUUAGGGUUGGUGAUAGAAUUCCGGGCAGACUCCUCAAGCAGCGGAUCAGAGGCCGAACAAUUCUUAGAAGCAGGGGAGGUCGGUAGCGGCGAUGUCAGCGGUACUGAGGACUGCCAACUAGACACUAUCCUUGCUCUCCUUGCCUCACAGGAUCUGGAUAGCAAUUCUGCAGUGGUGGAGGCAGUGUGGCAACAGAUCUCAGACUCUGGGGCCAGCAUGGAGAGGCUGGUGGCUGCUUUAUUACAAGAGCUCUCGAGGGUGAAGCUGGAACAUGGCCAUCUAGAGGCAGCAUUAGCAACUAAGACGGAUCAGUUCAACCAACAGGUAUCGCGGCUAUACGAAGAGUUGGAAGCUCAGAUCAGCGGCGAGCAGGCAAAGGCAGCACAGGAACAGAGACAGAGAGGUGCACGUGUACUCGCCACGCUAGAGGAGGAGGUGGCGGAGCGGGACGCGGCACUUAGGGCACUCGAGGAGGAACAGCAGGGCCUGAGACAGCGGCUAGAGCAAGCGGCUGCAGGAGAGGUUGCGGCAAGACAAGAUAACCUACGUCUUGAACAACACCUGAAACGCCUGGAGGAGGAUCUGAUGCAGCGGGAAGCAGAGGUAGAGGAACUGAUGCAGGCGCUUGACAUUCACCGCAGGAACACAAAGAAUGAGAAGCGUCGUCGGGCACAACAAGCCUUCAAGGUCACGGAAGGAAUCGCCAGGGAGAGAGAGAGCUUAGUGACUCAACUGGACCUUCUGCGCACCAUCAACACUCAGUUGAGAGAUGAGCAGGAUCAGAUAAUGCCGUGGAGUUUGAGGACGAGGGAAAGAGUUGAUCUUAUAGGAGGUGGAGAGGAAGAUAACUCCUCCCAGAGUUCACCUCCUCCUGAUCUACGUGGAAUUGCCUGCACUAGUCCUCCACCUCGUCCUAUUAUUUCAUUGCCACUCCUCACCACCAACUCAUCCUUCCAUAGUAGUGUUGGGACCGCCAGUGACUACGAGCAUGAUGAUGACUACUUCUCGGACACAAAGGUUGAGGUGCAACAAGAAUUUCCCUCUUCCUCUUCCCCUGGUGAGGUGAGCAUCCUACAGGAGAUCCUAAGUCAGCCUGCCUUAUGUGUGGAGUGUGGCGGCGCCCUUCCUUCCCGUCCCGCGGAGAGUUCAGCCGUAGGAACCUCCACAGCCCGCCCUCUGUUGUUGCGUCGCCAGGAUUCCUUCACUCAGACAUCGCCCACCUCUGAGACGUCUCCACGCAGCAUCGAGACCUUGGUGAACGCGUCAGACGAUGCUGAGGACAAAGGAACGAAGCGGAUCAGGUUCAUGGGAGAAUGCUGCAAUCACGAGAUACCAAAACCCUGCAUUUGUGACGGUCGCGUCAAAACAGCAACCCCAUCUCCUCCCCUGUGGUACUCUUCGUCCUUGGUCAUCUUCCAGCCACAUGCCGCUACCAUAUCAGCCAAACCUCUCCAUAUCACCUCACCAGUCAAGCCUCUCCACACUACCACACACUUUCACAUGGUCCACCACACACUGCACACUCACCACACCCACCACACUUUCCACACAUCCUUUACUUACUUUCAUCCUGAUAUCAGCGCCACAGCCACACGCCACACCAAGUCAACACAGAGUAUAGAGCACUACACACCACAACAGUCCCACACACCACCACAACAAACAACACAGGAACGUUAUCAUGUUCAUAUGCAUCAACGAAAAUACGCAAGAUCGAUCAGUCAAACUUCAUCAUGUAAUCCCACAACACCACAAGAACCUGUAUUAUCACAACAUGACGUAACACAGCACCACAGCACGUCACAUGAAUCCCUACAACAGUCACAGGAAGCAGAAUUACAUUACAACGAAAUAUGGAAACUUAUAAAUACUACAGUGUACAGUGAUUCACAGGGAAAACACAACAAUACACAGGGACAACACGAUGAUGGUAAAAAACACAGCGACACAAAGAAAGAGCAUAACUAUAGUAAAAAACACAGAAGUACACAGGAAAAGCCCAAACAUAUACAGGAAAACUUCUGCAAUACACAGAUAAAACAGUGUGAUAUACAGGAAAAAUACAUCAAUGCACAAGAAAAACAUAGUGAUGAUAAAAAGGACAGCAGUAAACAACAAAAACACUGCAAAAGUCUGGAAAAACACAACAGUGCACACGAAAAACAUAGCAAUGCACAAGAAAAACACAACAAUAGACAAGUCAAAUACAUCAGUACACAGAAAAAAUAUGACGAUACACAGGAGGAGCACAGCUAUAAUAACCAGAACAAAGAUACACAGAAAAGACAAAGCGAGACACAGGAAAAACACGGCAUUACUAAAAAACACAGCAACAUUGAAAAACACAACACAGAGCAACAUAGUAGCGCGGAAUACUACUACUUUGAUGUUCGAGAGCAACACACAGGACAACACAGGAAUACAGAAAUUGAACACAAUAGUACGGAACAAUACAUGGAGUCACAGGAACAACACACAAAGAAACUUAAUAUAAUAUAUGAAUGCAACAAUACACAAAAGCAAGGCAAGUCUUUCUUGGAACAACAAAACCAAACAAGCCAACACACCGACACGACGCAAGAAGACAUUAACAACACACAACGCAAAACACAAGAACAAAACAACGCUCCCUUUCAAAAAGAAGGCAACCCAGAACAACAACUAGACCGAUGUAACAUUAAACAUUACAACACCGACACACAGGAACCCAUAAGACAAAGAGGCAAUAACACUACAGGACAAACAGUCACUAAUUCACAUCCACAACAUAUCAACAACACAUUGCAAACACCCUUGAUAACUAACCAGAGCGUACACACAAUUGAAAACACAAGAAAAGAAAUCACCGACACAGGAAGUGGGAUAACUGAUGGAGUUGCUAAAGAGGACACAGUUAAGGACAAGACACUGAUCAGCAUUCCAGAAGACACAGAGCUUGAAGCAGCCACAUCCUCGUCCUCAUCACGCCAGGGGAACGCACUGAACCCAAACAUGACCAUCACUAUCCGAAGCAGCACCAACAGGAGAAACAUGCCAACCGGGGUAGUCACCCCCCUUAGACACCACUUCCUUAUGGACGCCACGGCGGAGGAGCAACCAAGGAUGGGUGAGGACGUUCACGAUGUCACGGAAAACAGCAAAGCCUGUGUGGAUCGGUAUCUUGGGAACCCUGCGGUAAAUGACGUUUACUGCCCCACCAGAAUGUUUAAAGUGGUGUUCAUCGGGGACAGUGGUGUUGGCAAGACGACCUUUAUUCAUAGGGCCUCAACAGGGGAGUACCGGCGGGAUUUCGGCUCAACAUUGGGCGUGGACUACCGCACAGUGGAGGUGAAGGUGCAUGGUGUCAUGGCCGUGCUGCAGCUCUGGGACACAGCUGGCCAGGAGAGGUUCAGAUCCAUAACACGGCAAUACUACAGGAACGCAGACUGUGUGGUGGUGAUGUAUGACCUCACCAGCGAACACACCUUUCUUAACGUGAUAGACUGGAUCUCCUCUGUCAGGGAGGCAGAAUCUGACGGUGUAAUGGUGGCGGUGAUGGGCAACAAGGAGGAUCUUGAAGAUCAGCGUAGAGUGGAUCUCAACGAAGCCAACAGAAUGGCUAAAAGACACAACUGCUACGUGUGUGAGUGCAGUGCAGCGAGAGGUUCCAGUGUGGAGGAGGUGCUCACUGAUCUUACCUCUCUCCUGCUGUCCGGCAACUCUCUGCAGGGGCAGCGAUCUCCAGUCAUCCUACUCAACCAGAGUCCUUCUAGAACGUGCUGCAGGUCAUAGCUAUCGUGUGCUGCCUGCCUGAUGUGUUUUAGGCAGGCCUGCUGUUGUAGAUAAUUUGGAAUCUUAAGAUGGUAUGAUCCAAUGACUCUCUAUAUUGAGAGAGAGAGAGAGAGAGAGAGAGAGAGAGAGAGAGAGAGAGAGAGAGAGAGAGAGAGAGAGAGGACAAAACUGGCAUCGGGAAAGGGAAACUAGAUCACUUACGAUCCAAAAACUGUGGCCCAUACGUAAAACAUAAAAACUCCUGGGUAUCCUCUAAAGGGAAGCUUUUGCAUUUUCAUUAUGACUUUUAUUAUUAUCCCAAAGAUUAGAAGUUAUUGAAAUUUUUUCACUGAGCAACCAUUAAAACAGUGGGCCCUCGAAAGAAAACGGUGUGAUCGAGUAAGGUAAGGCUUGUUUGUAUCCAUGUCAUUUUUCUAUCUAUAUAGUAUAUAUAGUAUGUUUGUUCAUCGGGUAGUGACAACAAGAAUAUUCAUUGUGUAUAAUAUAGCUGUGUACUGGUGUAACAUGUUGAUCAUGCCAUUUAUUCUGUUCGUAAUCGGGUGUUUAUGAAAUUGUAAUGAUAAAAGUUAGGCAAGGUAAACAUAGUUUAAGCAUUAUUGGUCGAAUUAUUUGAUGUUUUUUGUUUUUUUGUAUUUUCUCUCUUUUGUUUAUUGUUAUUCUUCUUACACUUAGACAACCAAUAAUGUGUAAUAUAUUACUACCUGUUUGAUUUAGUUUUACGUAUCUAUUUGCAUGCAAAUAAAGUACUGAAUACUA